UGGACGGGCUGCUGUGUAGUUUUGACAGAUUUUUUGUUCAGCUAAAAAAAUACUUCGAUAGCAUUUAUUUCAUAAUUUUCUAUCACUUUGAGAAGCAAAUGUCGACAUUCACACUUCAUCUGUGUAGGUACUGUGUGGUUUAACUGUGCACAUGCAGUAAUUCUACCCUCGUUUCAACGCCGAGUUGCUCAAAAGGCCGACUGUGCGAUCUCGCGAGUACGACAAGUGGCAGGUCAUCAAGCGGGCAGGCAGUUUCAACUCUACCGUGUAGAGGCGCGUAGAGACGGCGGAUUGUUCCUCUGGGAGCACGGUCAGGAGAAUAUGCACACGUCACUUGGGGUGUUAUUUGCUGGGACUGUGAUUUGGAUUUACAUGCAGUGCACGUGUGUUAACUCAUAUUCAUUGAGUGGUACGGUGAACAGUUCGCUAGUUAAUGUCACAGAAGAUUGUUUGUGCAACCCCACUGGCUCCCUGAGCCCGCAUUGCAACAACGAAACAGCAUCGUGCGUCUGCAAGCCCGGGUACCAGGGACCAAACUGCACGGACUGUCAAAAUGGCCACUAUCACCACAGCAACAGAAGUACUGAGUGCGUCGAAUGCGAGUGUGACCACAGGGGGUCCUUGGACAGCCAGUGUGACAGUAACGGCACCUGCCAGUGCAAGCCAGGGGUUGGAGGGACAGUAUGUGACAUGUGCUUGACUGGGUAUUAUGGGAUGUCAGUGAAUGGGUGUCAGCCUUGCCAGUAUCAGGAGACAGUUACUAAGUGCCUACGUACCUCCAAAAAAGUAGAUUUAAAAGACGCUUCCAUGUGCCUCAGAUGCCUUUCCAACGCUUCCUGGAUCACCCAAAGCAGCGAGGUCACGUGUCACACUAAUGAGUUCUUAGCACCUAAUGGGAGUUGCGUGCUGUGUGGAUGUAGCCUCGAUAGCUCACUCGAUAAAGCUAAUGGGUCUCGCCUCUGUGAUCUGAUGACAGGGAAGUGUACUGAGUGUCAAGGAAAGGCUUGCUCAGAAGGAGGUGAGUCUUUCAACUAUGAGCCUUACAUCAUAGCAGGCGCCAUAAUUGCCGGCAUCACCUUUGUCGUCUUGUCCAUCCUCCUUGCCGUUUACUGUUGUAGACGCUGCCGAAAUAAAUCUCGCCGGACGCCACUCCCACUCUGGACGAUCGAGCUACGACGUGAUGAAGACGCGGAAAACCACAUUGGAGAUGACAGCGGCGUCAUCAUCCAGGACCAAGCCUUCAGUGAUAUCGACGUGAUGUAUCUUGACGACUCGUACCUGAUGGAAUCCUCGGAUUAUUUCACGGAAUCGACGGACAGUCUCAACAGAACAGGGUACCACACGCUCAGCUAAUACGUCUGUAGUCGGUGAUCUCGACUGAGGUUUAUUUUAUAGGAUUCCGCUGGUCGGAUACAAAAUGUUAGCAGGAUCUGAACAAGGUUUGUUAAAUAGAACUACAUAGGAGAACUGGCCUGUAUGCUUCAUUUUUGAAGGGCACCCAGGCAUUUUCUCCUUGGUGUAGGGGCACCCUAU